AUGACAUACCAACCCCAACUCCAUUCCCGCCUACUAGCCUUACUAGCUGAGCUCCGCGAUCAAAUCUACGAACUCACCUUCUCCGACCGACCUGUCCGAGUAGGACACCGCUACUGGGACAAGACUCGAUGGCGCCGGAACUCAGCCGGCGUCACACACCGCAACGCUGGCAUCGUCCUCGCCUGCAAGCAGCUCUACUACGAGACUCUUAUGCUGUAUUACAAGCAUACCGAGUUCCUCGCUUGGAGCACGAGUUGUGUUAGAGAAUGGGUGAGGUGCCUGCAACCUGAGUGCGUUCGGGCGAUUAGGAUGAUCUUGCUGGAGGAAGCGAUGUCAAGGGGGUGGGAGGAUGCGGCGAAGCAGGGGUUGGUGCCGUUCUUGGGGGACAAGGCUGCUUAUUUGCGGAGUGGGGUGCUGUGUGUGGAGAUUCUAAUGCCGCGGGGUGGUGGGAGGAGGGCUGUGAGGAUUUGA